UAAUGAUAGAUAAAAUGUUUCAGAAAUCGGUCAAUACAACCAGUAUCAUAAACUUUAUCGUGAUAACAUUAAUGAGCUACUUCAUGUAUAUAUACGUGCUUUAACGUGAUAUAGGAGUACUAAUUUAACAGUAGACAGCAAUGGCUACAGUGAGAACAUUCAAGCUAGAAGGUUUGGUACCUGCGGUGUUUACACCGAUGACUCCUGAAGGAGAAGUAGAUUAUGACAAGAUUGAUAUGUACUGUCAGCAUUUGUCAAAUAACGGGAUAACGCAGAUAUAUGUGAAUGGAACUACCGGUGAAGGAUUCUCAUUAACACUUGAAGAGAGAGAGAAAAUUGUUGAAAAGUGGAUAGAGGUUGGCAAGAAAAGUGGAAGAAUAAAGUCAAUCGUUGUACAGGUCGGUGCUCUGAAUCUUCAUGACACUUUAGCGAUGGUUCAACAUGCAGUAUCUGUCGGGGCAGAUGCCAUUGCUUCGGUUCCUCCAUUGUUCUUUAAACCAAAUUCUGUUGAGUAUCUGAUCAAAUACUGUAAAGAGGUUGCGAAUGCUGCACCACAGAUGCCAUUCUAUUUCUAUCAUUAUCCUGGAGCAACAGGCGUAGACCAUUGUGUUGAAGAUUUUUUAAAAGUGGCUGCAAAAGAAAUUCCUUCCCUGGUUGGUGUGAAAUUUUCAUCAAAAGAUCUUGUAGACUUGAUAGGAUGUGUUCAUGUUGCAGCGCCAAAUCGAGACGAUAAAAAGUUUAAUUUUUUAUAUGGAUGCGACGAGAAAAUAAUGGCUGGCAUGAUAAUGGGUGCUGAUGGUGGUGUUGGCAGUACAUACAACUUCAUGGCGACUGUUAUAAGGAAAGUGCUGGACAAUACGGAGAAGGGUAAUAUCACUGAGGCACGACUGCAUCAAUAUCGGACUCAACAAACGUGCAAAGCCAUGUAUAAAUAUGGUGAUCUCCUAGGCCACAACGUGGCGGCGCUAAAAGCAAUCAUGAAACUAAUAGAUGUUGAUCUUGGUCCGCCGAGGUUACCAAUGAGAGACCCUACUGAUGGAGAACUGAUGCAGUUUAGAAAGGAUCUGCAGGAUAUCGGAUUCUUUGACUGGCACAAAUAAAGUCAGAAUCCAUUUAUUCUUAAGUAAUUGGAACUGCUGUCAUUCAUAGUGAAUAUGAGUGGAAGUUGAAUAAUUGUUUUGAAACAGGCACUUGAUUCACGCAAACAGGAUAUAUAUUUUUGGUAUUGCUUUCUUUGCCUGAACUUGUUAUUGGACUUUAUAUGUACAGUCUUAGAUAUGUUCUUUGAAAUUAAAAACGUAUAUAAUACUUAUAAUCGACAUUUAUGAGUAACGUUAUAUAGCUGAUGGCUUAUUACAGCAUUUUAAUGUGUCAUAACUGGAGUUGUUUUCUAAAUUUCUGUUCUCCAUAGCCACUGUCUAAAAUGUUUACAUUGUGCGAUGUUUCUCCCGCCCUGUAAUUUCUAAUAUCACAGUCUUCUUGUUAAACGUAUUAACGAUAUCAAAUAGAAAAGUAUUUAAACGUGA